AUUUGCAUUAACAAUUUCAAAACUUACCCAAAUUAAAGGUAUUAAUUACGAUCCACAUUCUUUUUAUAGGGAUAUACACCGCUUCAUUUGGCUACUCAAUUCGGGAGGCAAAAUAUAUACGAACUACUAUGGAAUGUUUACAAGGCCAACCGGGACAUUAUGGAUUGGAGUGGAAAUAAGCCAUUGGACUACAGUCGCCAGCGGCCCAGUGUUUCGGCCUCAACGUGCAGUAAAAUCAAAGCGCGAAAAAAGCAUACAAUCGAAAAAGAUUUGGGAUUCCUGCGGAUUGGUUCACUGAAUGUCCGAGUAAAGAAAACAACCGAAGCGUUCAGCAACUUCUUGGGAGUGGGCAAUGGCAGUGUCCCGAUGCCGUAUGGACCUGGCGGAGCCAUAGAAGUAGGUCGCCAUCACCAGCGAACUCACCGUCACCCUCAUCAGCAUCAUCAUCAUCAUGCCAAUGGUACGACACGGGAUCGACCUCCGAAUCAGAGAGCAUCGGUGACAAUACCAUACGGGUCGAGUAAUAUAGUGGGCUCCAGAUCAAGUGUUCCAACCAACAGGAAUAUAUAUGACGCUGUUCACAAGUCGUGGGGCUCAGCGGACAACAUAACACAACGUUCCGAGAAUUUGAUGCCACCACCAAAAUCGGUUGAUUACGUCUCAAAGCGCUACAGAACAUCGAAACGCUCGUCGUAUGCCUCCAAUGCCACAGACUCACCGCGGGAUUCCAUCUGCUCAUCCAAUUCCAGCUCAAAUCUUAACACCGGUUACAGCAGCAUGCCCACAACCCCAAAUCAAAUACGGGCUCCAAAGAGCAUUGGUUCAGCACUCAACGUUGAUUCGGACUCUGAUUCCGCUUGUGGCUUCGACUCAAACUGGUCUGUCAAUGACGGAAAUUCAAUCAACAAUAAUGUGUUAAAAUCCUAAUCAUUGAGUAUCAUUUUUAAAGCAUACCAAUAAUUCUUUGUGAGGCACUAUUAGACCUAAGAACAUUUGUAUUCCAAGCGAUACUCAGAUUUAAAUUGAUUUGUUUUUGCGCAGACUAUAGAAAUAGAAAUUCAGUUGGCACAUAUGCGAAAUAAAAA